UCAAGGGCAGAAUUACAGAGGAGGGUCCAAGAUGAGGAAAGGUCAAGUACUGUAGGCUACAUUAGAAUAUAAUUAAAACGAUAGUGCCGCCCUCUGUGUAAUGCAUCACAUAAUAACGAUGGAAGCUGCUUUUCUGUAUAUAAGCCCAGAGAAAGAGUACUGUACCUUCUCUCAGCUUUCCCUCAGCACAUGAAUACCACCGUGUUUUGAUCAGUCUCAACAAGCUCCUUUAAAGGGGCAGCACCGGCUCACUUGUAAAGCAUCAUGGCGGACUCCAGCUUCAACAACAUGACAUCUCUUGCCCGGGCUUUGUCACAACCUACACUGGAUCUGAAUGAAAUGACCGAGGUUGAAGUUAUUCCUCCAAGAAAUAUUCAGCUGCAUCGAUGUCGAAGGAGAAAGUUAUCGAGCUGCAACUCGAUUGAGUCCGUGGAGCCGUUGACUUCACCUUCGGUUGUUGAGGCGCGAGUCCUUGUUAUCAACACCGGAGGAACUAUAGGGAUGACACUUCAUGAUAAUGUGCUUGCUCCAAAAGCCAAUGCUUUUUUUAAGAGCCUGCGCAAGUUGCCUAUCCUUCACGAUGAGUUGUAUGCCCAGCAGACCUGCCUGUAUCAGUGCUAUGGAUCAGAAAACAGCCUGGUCCUGCCGAAUCCAACGCCCCAUUCUGGCCACCUAUUUCACGGGCUGAGUAAAGACAAUAAGAGGAUAGUCUACACUAUUUUAGAGUACAACCCUUUGCUUGACUCCUCCAAUAUGACCACGGAUGACUGGGGUAUAAUUGGAAAGGACAUUGAGAAGAACUACGAAAACUAUGACGGUUUUGUGAUCCUCCAUGGCACAGACACUAUGGCGUACACAGCCUCUGCCCUGUCCUUCAUGUGCGAACAUUUGGGAAAACCAAUCAUUCUCACCGGGUCACAGGUGCCGAUCUAUGAGAUGAGGAAUGAUGGCAGAGACAACCUGCUGGGGGCGCUGCUCAUCGCUGGCCACUUUGUCAUUCCUGAGGUGUGCUUGUAUUUCUACAACAAACUCUACAGAGGGAAUCGUUCCACCAAGGUGGAUACUGGGAGUUUCAAUGCCUUCUCCUCUCCUAACUUGGCUCCUCUGGCCUCUGCUGAAGUGGACAUUACAAUCAACUGGGAUACAGUGUGGAGGGCAAACACCACAGCAAAGUUUCAAGUCAACACUGAGAUGAACAGGAACGUGGGCCUGCUCAGGCUGUUUCCAGGAAUCACUUCUGCUACUAUGAGGGCUUUCCUUCAGCCGCCCAUGGAGGGUGUGGUCCUGGAGACCUACGGCAGCGGAAAUGCCCCCGAUAACCAGCCUGACCUGUUGGUGGAGCUGAAGAAGGCCACUGACUCUGGUGUCAUCAUCAUCAACUGCACCCAGUGUCUGAGGGGAACCGUGUCUGCAUCUUACGCCACUGGCAAGGUGUUGAUGGAUGCAGGGCUGAUAGGUGGUGGUGACAUGACUCCAGAGGCUGCGCUGUCAAAGCUGUCUUACGUAUUGGCCAAGAAAGAUUUAAGUCUUGAUGCCAGAAAAAAGAUGAUGGCUCAGAACCUGCGAGGAGAGAUGAGUGCUGCUGACUUAGCAGGAGCCAAGCUUUGUCUGAGUGACAGCCGCUUCAUCCAGGUCAUCGCCAAGUCCCUGAGCAUCAGCUGCAAGGAGGAGCUGGAAGCCAUCCGUGAUGCCCUGACUCCCCCUCUGGCAUGUGCUGCGGCUAAGAUCGGAGACAUAGAGGCCUUGGAAGCCCUAAAGGAAAUGGGCAGUAACUUGUGUCUGGGUGACUAUGAUGGACGUACACCCCUACAUAUUGCCGCCUGUGAGGGCCACUUCAAACUGGUGCAGUACCUACUGGGUCAUGGAGCUACAGUCUAUGCUAAGGAUCGCUAUGGCGACACACCCCUAUGCAACGCUGUACGCUUCAGACACAGGGAGGUGGUGAAGCUGCUGAGAAAGACUGGAGCUCACUUCUCCAGAGACGAGUUGGAGGAAGCAGGAACAGAACUGUGCAGCCUGGCAGCCAGUGGUGACCUGGAGGGCCUGGAAAUCUGGAGCCUUGCUGGAGCGGAUCUAAAUAAACCAGGCUAUGACGGGCAGACAGCAAUUCUAGUGGCCCAGGCUGUUGGCAAAAAGGAAGUGGUGGCAUUUUUAGUUCAACUCAUGAGCCAAAAAGCCAAGACAGUAUUUGGUGAAUUUAAUGAGUAUAAUGAAUAUUAUGAUGAUGAUGAUGGUGAUGAUGAGAGCGGAGUGAUCGAGUUCACAGCUGCCCCGACCGGACUGUGAGCUAACGCUACCUCAACCAGCAGGAAUCUUCCUCUGUUUGCAUCUACUUCCUCCCAAGCCGUCUUCUACACACCGUCCUGUUGAAUUUCAGAGAGUUGCUCUCACUUUCAAUGCUUAGAUGUGCAUACUUUUUUAAAGCCAUCACUACUUUCAGUGUUUCCCUCCAAACUCAAAACUAGCACAACCUUAUGUAGCCACUGCUUUGAGUUAAAUGUGCCCCAAAAGGGCAGCACUAGAUGUAUGUAUGUAUGUAUGUAUGUAUGUAUGUAUGUAUGUAUGUAUAUUUUGGAUUGUUGCACAGUCGUACAUGUAAGAGUAAACCUAUUAUCAUCCUGAAUAUAAAUGCCCAAAUAGGGAUUAAGGGUGAAAAUCACCUGUUUUUAUCAUGAAGAGUUCUGAAACGGAUGGUGGCGGUUAAAUACUUUUUUUAUGUGUGCUAAAAGAACUCUGACUGCUGUAACACUACUUUAUAAAGUAUUGUUGUCUCUUGCUGUAGCAAUAUAUUCAUGCUAUCUGAAUUCACAGAUUUUAUUUUUAUGCUUAUUUUUAUAGUGAGAAGCUGAAAAACAUCAUGUAAACUAAUGAAAAUAAGGUUGUCUUUGUUCUAUCUGGGAUGUUUUUUAACUGUAGCACUUGUCACUGUCCUCUUCAUUUCCUGUUGCUCAAACAGGUACUACCAAAACCUGUACGUACCUUUCAGACUCAUCCAGCCUGUUUCUUGCACUGAUUACAAAGCUGGAUGAGUGGCAUAUCUCACUUGUAAAUGGGCAGGGGGAAUUCAAACUAUUGUGUGACCAAGACAAGGCUACCCACAGCUGUGUUCUCGUCUCUAUUUUAAAUUUCUUCUAUCACAAACAAAUGACUUACUGUGCUGUCAUUAUCUUUGUUGUGCAACGAGUAAACCGUUUCAAACAUU